AUGUCCUUGUCUAGUUAAAUAAAUUAAUUAAUUAUAUACUCAAAUAAUCAUAAAUUUUUAUAUUUAAAUAUAAGCUAGGCUCAAACAUUUUAAAGACAACAUUCUACAUAUUCCUACCUCAUUUACAAUACUAGAAAGGAUUAGAAUUAUCAGUUAGAGAUUUUGGACUUAAUUCAGGUAAUGAUCAGUUUAAAAUAUACUUAUAGGCGAGAAUGGAACAACAGGUCAUACUGGUAAGGAAAGACACAUAAAAAGAAUUAGUUGAUGAUGGAAAACCUGAUUUAGAACAUAGACAUAAUGCAUUUGAUAAAUAUUAUAAACCCGUUGGUUAUAUAUUUUGGAGAACAUUACUAAAUUUUUAAAUAUAUUGCAGUUACGGAUUAUUCAAACAAGUUUACUGUGAAAUGUUUUAAAAAAAAAAAAGCCUUAAAAAAGAAUAAUAGGAAACUGAAAACAUUGAGGGUAUUGAAAUAAUUAAUCAUUAUUUACCAUCUUAUUGA